AGGAACCUGUUUAAGGAAAAAAUGGCUGGGAAGAGCGUGGUGCUGUGGACGCUGUGGGUCGUACUGCUGUCCGGGGUCCUGUGCACGGAGACGGAUUCCAGUUGGAGCCUGGCGGCAGAUUUGGAGCGAACGGCCGGAUCUUUAGAUUCGGACCAGUUGUCCUUCAGAAAAGACUCGGUUCUGAUCCGUAGGAAGAGGAACGUGCUGUUUCCCAGCGGAGUGAAGCUCUGCUCCCAGGAGACGUUGGACCAGGCCCUCAACAACCAUUUGAACUUCUUCCACCUUAGAGUGUGCCAGGAGACAGUAUGGGAGGCCUUUAAGAUCUUCUGGGACGAGCUCCCCGACCGGGAUGAGUACCAGGCCUGGGUGAACCGCUGCAUUGACGGAUCCGUCAGUAUCAAGGACAUUGGCAGCUUCUUCAGCCAAUCAGAGGAGCAUAAAAGCCUCAUCAGGAGUGCUCUGCUCCAUGCAGAUCUGAACCAUCUGCCCAGACUCAACAACCUGCGGUCUCCACUCUACCAGUUCAGGUUUGUUAUCAGGAGCUACACCCCAACCUGUCUUUGUGAAGGGGCAGAUUCCCGUCACACGCUCCGCUCUCAGAAUAGAUCUGUAAGCCUAUUUACGGGCAGCAGCCUGGUCAAUGGACGAAGACGGAGCAGGGGGCAUGUCGACGUGACUGAGUUAGUGCAGGGCAGCUAUCAGGGAGAUGACAGUGUUGUCAUUGGAUCAGACGCUAUUACAGUCCAUCAAAAGGGGCUUUCUCCAGGCUUUGAAGUUACCUCUUGGACUCCACCACUUUCUGGAACUGAAGCCUCACUUAAAGAGGCUGGAGUGACUUCUCUGUCUGAGAAUCCUGUGGAUUUAUCCUCUGACCCUGCUUCUGACACCACGCCAGAGGACUCUAAUGAUAUCCAGGAAACUCUAGGCAGCAUUACCUCACAAAGUCCAGCUGAGGAACUCAGAAACAGUAAUGUUUUAAAUGUUGAAGUCACUUCGGAGGACAUUGCAGAGAUGACCACAGACCUUUUUCACUCUGUUACACCCCAGCAUGUUGACCUGAUGGAUCAGGAGAUUGGGACUGGUUCAGGCAGAGCAAAAGAAGAACACCUUGACCUUGAAACUCUUACUGAAGACUUGAAAAGCAUGCAGGUAGUGAGUCCAGAGGAUGAGGAACCUCCAACAGAGGGGGUUACUCAAGAAGUCCUCACAGAAGCUGAGUUUAUGAUUCGUCCAAAGGCCACCAUGUCACCUGCUGCAGAAACCUUCACUCUGAUGGAAGCAGGGUCUGAUCUAGAAAACAUGCCUGGAACAACUGCUACAGGUUUUCUUAGGCCAAACCUGGAGGAAAUCCUGGAUAAUUCUUUAAAUGCCGUCGCUGGUGUUACUUUGACUGAUACUUGGGCAGCGAAACCUGCUGAGGCUGCUCAGGAAUCUACUGGCAAAACUGGAGUUCACGCUCCUGAAAUGGAUAUUCCAGCACAGGUAGAGGAUCCUUCAGAGGCGGCUGUAGACAUUAGCCAAGAUGAAACAAAGGUCAGCACUGAGACAACACCCACCGUGUUUCUGAUGGUAGAACCUGAAGACAAGAUGGAAAUGAACAUCAAUGAGAUUCCAGAGCAAGAAUCAAACUCAGAUGUUUCUUCUCAGACCUCCAUCCUGACAGCUACCAGCAAGAUGAUAGCUGAAAUAAGAGAAACAACUGAGAUGACCAUCAAACCUUUCCUCACUGGAGAAGAAGAAAAAGUUGAAGAUGUAAUUAGACACAUGUCAACAAUAUGGACAAUGACCACUGAGGAACCAACCAAACAAAGUGAUUUUCUUGUUCCGACAGCAAAACCAGAGGAGAUGAUGGAGGUUGAAGUUAAACAUGAAGAUGUCCUUGUGAUUACAGAAGAUAAGAAGGUUGAAGAGGGAACAGAGGUUAGUGCUGAAAAAGAAAUUGUUCAGACAGAAGAAACUAUCAAACCAGACAAGACAACAGAAACAGAAGCUCACAAGAAGAAGACAGAAGACUCAGCUGAUGAGGAGGUGGAACCCUUAGAGAAGUCCACUGAAGACGAUGCAAUAAUCAGAGCGACAGUAGGUUCUGUUGAUUAUGGAUAUACACCUAAGACACCUACAGAACCCAAAGAACAAAAUGGACAUGAAAUUAUAGGAGAAACAGAUCCCACGGAACAAACUGCACACGAACCAGAACCCGUAGGAGAAGCAAUACUCGUAGAAGAAAUUAACCCCACUUUAGACAUGACACAAGAAGCAGAACCAACCACAAAACCGCUGCUAGGAACAGAACCAACCACAAAACCGCCCCUAGAAACAGAACCAGCCACAAAACCGCCACUAGAAACAGAACCAACCACAAAACCGUCGCUAGGAACAGAACCAACCACAAAACCGCCGCUAGAAACAGAACCAACCACUAAACCGCCGCUAGAAACAGAACCAACCACUAAACCGCCGCUAGAAACAGAACCAACCACAAAACCGCAGCUAGAAACAGAACCAACCACUAAACCGCCACUAGAAAAAGAACCAACCACAAAACCGUCUCCAGAAACAAAACCAAUCACAAAAACGCCUCUAGAAACAGAACCAACCACAAAACCGCAGCUAGAAACAGAGCCAACCACAAAACCACCGCUAGGAACAGAACCAGCAACAAAACCACCGCUAGGAACAGAACCAACCACAAAACCACAGCUAGGAACAGAGCCAACCACAAAACCGCCGCUAGGAACAGAACCAGCCACAAAACCACCGCUAGGAACAGAACCAACCACAAAACUGCCGCUAGGAACAGAACCAACCACAAAACCGCCGCUAGGAACAGAACCAACGACAAAACCGUUGCCAAGAACAGGACCAGCCACAGAACCGUCGCUAGGAACAGAACCAACCACUAAAUCGCCACUAGAAACAGAACCAACCACAAAACCGCAGCUAGAAACAGAGCCAACCACAAAACCGCCGCUAGGAACAGAACCAGCCACAAAACCGCUGCUAGGAACAGAACCAACCACAAAACCGUUGCCAAGAACAGGACCAGCCACAAAACCGCCACUAGGAACAGAACCAACCACAAAACCGCUGCUAGAAACAGAACCAACCACUAAACCGCCGCUAGAAACAGAACCAGCCACAAAACCACCACUAAAAACAGAACCAACCACAAAACCGCCGCUAGGAACAGAGCCAACCACAAAACCGCCGCUAGGAACAGAACCAACCACAAAACCGCCGCUAGGAACAGAACCAACCACAAAACUGUCGCCAAGAACAGGACCAGCCACAAAACCACCUCUAGAAACAGAACCAACCACAAAACUGCCACUAGAAACAGAACCAGCAACAAAACCCCCUCUAGAAACAGAACCAGCCACCAAACCGCCACUAGAAACAGAACCAACCACAAAACCGCCGCUAGAAACUGAACCAACCACAAAACCACCUCUAGAAACAGAACCAACCACAAAACCGCCACUAGAAACAGAACCAGCAACAAAACCCCCUCUAGAAACAGAACCAGCCACCAAACCGCCACUAGAAACAGAACCAACCACAAAACCGUCGCCAAGAACAGAACCAGCCACAAAACCGCCGCUAGAAACUGAACCAACCACAAAAUCGCCUCUAGAAACAGAACCAACCACAAAACCACAGCUAGGAACAGAGCCAACCACAAAACCGCCGCUAGGAACAGAACCAACCACAAAACCGCCGCUAGGAACAGAACCAACCACAAAACCACAGCUAGGAACAGAACCAACCAUAAAACCGCCGCUAGGAACAGAACCAACCACAAAACCGCCGCUAGGAACAGAACCAACCACAAAACCAUCGCCAAGAACAGAACCAACCACAAAACCGCCGCUAGGAACAGAACCAACCACAAAACCGACGCUAGAAACUGAACCAACCACAAAACCGCCUCUAGAAACAGAACCAACCACAAAACCGCCACUAGAAACAGAACCAGCCACAAAACCCCCUCUAGAAACAGAACCAGCCACUAAACCGCUGCUAGAACCGGCCACAAAACCGCCACUAGAAACUGAACCAACCACAAAACCACAGCUAGGAACAGAGCCAACCACAAAACCGCCGCUAGGAACAGAACCAACCACAAAACCGUCGCUAGGAACAGAACCAACCACAAAACUGUCGCCAAGAACAGAACCAGCCACAAAACCGCCGCUAGAAACUGAACCAACCACAAAACCGCCGCUAGAAACAGAACCAACCACAAAACCGCCACUAGAAACAGAACCAACCACAAAACCUCCUUUAGAAACAGAACCAAUCACAAAACCUCCUCUAGAAACAGAACCAGCCACUGAACCACUGCUAGAAACAGAACCAGCCAUUAAACCAUCACUAGAAACAGAACCUGCUGAAAAAUCUGCAAUCACAGAAAAAACAGCUGAAGCAAAAUCACCAGAACCCACAGGACCACCAGCACCAGUUUCAGAAUUCACAGUAGAACCAUCACAAGAGACAUAUCCCAUCAUAAAUCAUGGACGAGAAGAAGACUCCACAAAAGAAACAGCAGAAGAAGAAGGUGUAGUAGUAAAACCAGGACAUAUGAGAGAACCACCACAAGAACCAGAGACAACAGAGAAACCAGUCCAAGAACCUGAACAAAUGAAAAAACCAGCACAGGAAACCAUUAAAACCACAGAAGAAACAAUCAAAGAUGAAAGACCCCAACCCAAAAGAGAUCCACCACCAACAGAUUCCUCCACAGAGACAGCAAACGAAGCACAACCCACCAGAGAACCUGCUCAAGAAGCAGAGGCUAUAGAAGAUCAACUUGAAGCCUUUGAAAAACCAACACCAGGUCCCUCACCUAUAGAAAGACCAGCCCAAGAAGCUGAACUCUUUAAAGAAUCAACACCUGAAACCCAAUUAACCAUGAAACCAGCUCAUACAACAGAACACAUAGAACCUACAAGAGAACCAGGCCUUAAAACAGAAACCACUGAAGAACCUCUACUCAAAACAAAACUUAAACAAGAAGUCACAAAAACCACAGAACAGACGGCACUGGUACCAGAGCCCAGAACAGAAUCCACUGAUAUUAAAGAUAGAUAUGAAGAAGCAUUAGUAGAACCACAACCCACAAGAAAAUCUGAAAAGGAGCCAAAACUCACUGGAGAACCAACUAAAGAGUUAGAACCUUCCAUGGAAGCAGGACAUAUGGAAGAACCUAGUAGAGAACCAUCACAAGAAAGAGAACAAGGUAACGAUCCAAAACUUCACAAAGAACCAUCACCUGAAGUGGAAACCCCCAGAGAAUCAGGAACAGAAACAAUAGCAGAACCUACAAGACAACCAGAACUAGGUGAAUCUGUAGAUGAGCUUCCUGGUAAAAGGGAACCUACAGAAGGACCUACUGAACCUUAUUUAAGAACAAAUAAAGAUAAAACUGAUGUUCUUCCAACAUCUUCAGAUACAAUGCAAGAAGCAGGAGAACCGUUUAAGGACAGGGAGGACAGAACCUCUGAGACACCAGAUGAAGUAACCGAGGAAAAAGGAGGAACAACAACAGAUCCAGUGGAGCUGGUACCACAGAACCCUGUAACUGUUGAAGGUUCAGAAGACACAGAAGAAUUAUUGCCUGUGACUCAGGUGGAGGGAACUAUUGGACAAGAUGUAGCAGCUAGAUCUCCACAUGGUUCUGCAGUGGACGUUCCACCCGAAACCAUUAAAGAAACGAUUUCCCAUGUGGUUGAACCUGCAAUCACAGUGAGACAAUUUACUCCUGAAGUUGAAGAUCCCAGUGAGACACCUCCAGAAGCUGUGACCAAAUUCCCUCCAAGGACAACAUCAGAAGCAGGGUCCCUCAAGACUGAGGACCCUCCCACUGAGGAACAGGUCUGGCUGAGAAAGAACGGUACGCUGGCAGUUCUCCCACCAGCUGCUGAUGGAGACAAAAUCAUGACGGAGCCUCCUCCGGAGGUUGAACCUGGUGAAACACCUGUGGUAGAAGGAACUUCACCAGGAACAUCAACAGUAGGACCUUCUGAGGAGGCCACUAAAGGUUCCACUUCUAAAUAUUUAGGGGAAACCAACAAUGGGAACUUCCCGGACCUAUCAGUACGACCUUAUGAAGAAGAAGGCAACUUCCUGGGAAACAGUGGCUUUGUGGGAGAAGAUGGCGAGGAGAACUCGAUUGGGAAUGAGAUAUUUGAGACGCUGCUGAGAUCCCCACGGCCCCUGAAGGACCAUGUGGUGGAGAUGCGGAUCAAACUGAAAGGAGAAACCUACAACGAUGCUCUGAGAGACCCGAGCAGCUUUGAGUACCAGCAGCUGGCCAGACAGUUCAAACGCAAGGUUGAAGAUGCCUUUGAGAGGCUGCCAGGCUUCAAGAACAUCGACAUUAUUGAAUUCAGGCCUCAGAAGGACCUGCAGAGGGGUCUGGUGGUCCAGGUGCACUAUGCUAUCAUUUUGGAGGUGGAGGUGGACAGUGGUGGCAUCUCCAACGACACUCUGGACUUCAUCACUCUGCAGAACAACCUGGUGGAGAGGAGCUUCCUUGGAGUUGCUGAGCAACCCACAGUCAUCUACACGAUCACAGAUUUCCGUAACUUCAUCACUGAGGCACUGCACAAAGACAAGUUCCUGACCAACAGCAGCCUGGAGGUCCUAGAGCACGGGAACGUGCUGCCUUCUGUGAAACCUACGAGUAAACCAGCUGAUGUUUAUGAUAACAUGGACAACAUCCUCGCGGCAGAGAAGCCUCCUGAUGCUCCGCUCCAUGAGGCAAACACCGACAAUGCUUUCCUCAAGAAGGAAGACUUCCUGUUUAAUACCAUGGGGCAGUUGAAAGGUCCACAGAGUGAGGUGGUGAGUGAAAAUGACGUCUUCUUAUUCGACGAAAGCACAACUCCUUCACAGACUGCCAAAGUCCAGGAAAAGACCGUGGACCUGGAGUCACUGGCUAAAAACAAUGGUGGAAACAUUGAAGAUGAGGGAUUCCUUCUCACUAUUUCUGCUAACGCUGUAGAUGAUCACCAGGUGGAAGACCAAACGGUGGGUCCUGAAGGUCCUGCAGUCAGCAUACCUCCUACAGUUAAAGCUCCAACACCCUCUGAGGCCACAUUUGAUCUCGGAUCUGGCUCUGGUUUCUCUGGAGAUGCUCAGGAGUCUUAUGCCUCGUCUUGGGACACUACAGAAACAUCUCACGUCAAUCAUGACAGGGGAGUCAAUAGCCAGGAUGUUCUACCACCACCGGACCUGGAGAUGGAUACAGAUGAUGAGAUAGCUGCUGUGGAACCAUCAACCACUGAAAUUGCUGACUUGUUUGAAAAGGGAGAAGAAUCUGCUGCUUCUGAACAAUCUUUUUUGGAUGAACACACAGAGAAACCUUCUCUGGAUAAAGUCCUCGAGACGCCACUCAGCACAGUUCCACAAGACCUGACCGUGGGGCAAGUGCUUCUACCUUCCACUCAGGAAACCGUGACUGCGGACCUUUCUGUGCAAACUGUAGAAGCUUCUGGUUUCCAUGAGGACUACUCUCUAAUUGAUCCUCAGACCUCUGCAGUUUCAGUUAUGGCUUCUUCUGAACCUAGAAGUUGGACUCCAGUUGAUUCUGGCAUCAGGCGUCAAGACUCUACUGAAAGUGUUGAAGAAACUACUGACAGAGAAUCAGAGGUUCAAGAUGUUAGAGUCGUCUCAGAAUCAACAAAAGAGAUGAGGAAUGAGGAAGUUGUCGUGCCUGAAGCUCCACCAACUGUGGACUUACCAUCGUUUGUUGAAAUCCAGGCAGUUACAGUCAGUGAAUUCAGCUUUGAAACAGCCACUGGUAAGCCAGAGCAAGUUGAGGUCCUGGUUGAAACAUCGGAUCCACCUCUCCCAGAAAAAAGAGCACCUAACAAAAUCGAGAUUCUGGAAGAGCAGCAUUUAGAUACCCCUUACUCUACCACUGCAGCGCUCUCAGCUGAAGGUCCAGACCAUGACCUGGUUGUGGAUCAAGUCAUUGUUGUCACUACAUCCACAGCAUCUCCGGUUCCAACUUUACCUGCAGCCUCAGAACUCAGCAUCAGCGUUGAACAUUCACCUGAAAAGGACUCACCUUUCACACGAGUGUCCAAUACAGUGCCAGAAGAUGAAGAUCUCUUUCACCAUGAGCAUCUAAUUCAUGAUGAGUUCACAGACGUUUCCACAAGCUCCCCUUCCUUAGACAUCGCUCAGUCCACAUCAGCAGUUGUAGAAAUGAAAACAGAAAAGGCUCCAACUUAUUCUGGAGAGAGGUCUUCAGGUGCUUCAGCACCAGACCAACACCUGGGGACAACCCCAGGAGAGGUUUCAGGAGGUAAAGCAGAACCUUCAGAAGAGGAUGCAAGACCUCCUAUAAUGAGACCCGAACCUUUCGAAGGAAUUGUAAAGCCUUUGGAUAAGGACGUACAAAUCUUCAAGCAUGAAGUAGAACCUUCUGGAAUGGAGGCCAAAUUAGAAGGGUUUGAAGUUGAAAAGGAAGGUCCAAAAGACAAAGCUGAACCUCUGGAGAAUACUGAAGCUUUAGAAGGUGAUGUCAAAACUUAUGGAGUUGAAUCCUCAGAAGUGGACAUUGAAACUUUGAGUGUGAAAGUUGAAGCUCCUGGUGGAGAAAAACAAACUCCUCACGAAGAUUUAGAAUCUUUAACAUUGUUAGAACAACCUUUGGAAAAUGGAGAAGAAUCUUCCAAAAGAGACGCUGAAUUUCCAAAUGAGGAAAGACAACAUUUCAGUGUGGAAGUGCAACCUUCAGAACAGGAAUUAGGGACCUCUAGACCCGAAGAAGAGUCUUUAAAAGGUGAAGUCGAACCUUCUGGAGUACAAGAAGAACCUUUUGGAGGAGAAGUACAGUCUUUAGGGGAACUUGAACGUUCAGAAGUAAAAAAAGAGCCUUCUGGAGGAGAUGUGGAACCUUUUAAAGAAACAGUGGAAAGUUCAGAAAAAAGCACGGAACCUUCUGCAGAGGAAGUAGAACCUGGAGAGGAAAUAGUGGAACCUUCCAAAGUAAAGGUAGAGCCUUCUGGAGGAGAAAAGAUAACUUCAGAUAAAGACAUAGAAUCUUUAGGCAAAGGAACUGAACCUUCAUUAGUGCAUGCAGAAUCUUCUGAUGGAAAUUUAGAACUUCCUGAAGAGGUGCAAAUGACACCUUCUGGAGAACAAGGAGAACAUCCUGGAAUUGAAGUGGAGCCUUCACAUGGUAGAAUAGAAACAGAACUUUCUAGAGGAGAAGCAGUAAGCAGUAUCCUUCCAACACCAUCUUCCUCACAGCCCAAAGUUAAUGACAGUUCUUCUAUGGUGGAACUCCAGCCUUUUAAGUAUGACUUCCCUGACAUGCCGAGCAUCGAUGUUAGCAUUGAUUUAUUCCAGUACGGCACUGGGGAGGCUGAUGGUGAAAGUAGUGGCUUCUCCAGUGAAGCUCGGGGUUCAGACCUCGAAGCUUUUCCAUUACCGGCCAGGCCGGGCAGAGCUCUGACAGUUUUCUUCAGCUUGAGGGUGACCAACAUGGCAUUCUCCAUGAACCUCUUUAACAAAAGCUCCUCAGAGUACAAAGCUCUAGAACAACGGUUCCUACAACUGUUGGUCCCUUACCUCCAGUCCAAUCUAAACAACUUCCAGAACCUAGAGAUCCUCAACUUCAGAAACGGCAGUAUAGUUGUAAACAGCAGAAUGCGCUUUGGUAAACCAGUUCCCCAAGAGGUUACCAAUAUCAUCUACCUGAUUCUGGAGGACUUUGCCAACACAGCCUAUCACACCAUGAACCUGGCCAUUGACAAGUACUCACUCGAUGUUGAAUCAGGUGAUCGGGCGGAUCCGUGUAAGUUCCAGGCCUGUAACGAGUUUUCCAAGUGUAUGGUGAAUCAGUGGUCGGGUGAAGCGGAGUGUGUGUGUGACACAGGCUAUCUAAGCAUUGACGGCUUGCCAUGUCAGAGCAUCUGUGACGUUCAACACAACUUCUGCCUCAAUGACGGCAAAUGUGACAUCAUUCCUGGCAAGGGCGCAAUCUGCAGGUGUCGUGUUGGGGAGAACUGGUGGUACCGGGGGGAGCACUGCGAGGAGUACGUGUCCGAGCCGCUGGUGGUCGGCAUCGCCAUCGCCUCGGUGGCUGGUUUCCUUUUGGUGGCAGGCGGGAUCAUCUUCUUCCUGGCGAGAACGCUCCGAGAGCAAUAUGAUGGUGAAGAUACAGAGGACCCACUAAGAAGGCACGAGAGUGUUCCAACGUUGGAGCGAGCCACAAAGUUCAACCCGAUGUUUGAGAGCGACCCGGUCACUGCUCAGUACUACCGUCGCUAUGAUGACAGCCUGCCCCAGUACCACCAGUGCUGUGACUCCACCCUACCUCAGUACUGCUCUACAGACCUGAACAGCGAAGAAAUACAGAACAUCUGCCAAAGCACCACACUGACUAAAGAGGAGAUCCAGGAACGUCUCAGAAUAAUCGAGUUGUGCUCCAGAGAUCAGCGCUUUGCAGACUUUGUCCGGCAGACGCAAGUAUUCCUGGAGAGGAGAGGCAGCUCCACAACGUAACGUAGCGUCCAGGCAGCCGUUGACCUCCAGAAACCAGCGUCCGUCUUUAACUGGAGAAGGAACACCAGUUCAUCAUGAGGCUGCUGUUGGUGGUGGAGCUGGAGCUGAAGGUGACCAGAAGCUGACAGAUGUUGGAGUUUAUUUUUAAAGAACUUUAUCCGUUUGUUCUUCAGGAGAACUUUGAUUUUUGAUCUCGUUCUGUGUUUUUGUAUCCUGGAGUCUUCUUUUGGAGGAACGUUUUGAUUUCUAAGCUUUGGACAUUUUCAAUCUUCUAUCUUACUUGUUCUGCCACAUUUCCUUUUCAGCUUGAAUCUAAGGGUUUCUGGUUGCAUCCAGACCUUCUGGUCACCACUCUGGUCAUCCUGGACAGGGGUGACCAGCAGCAUUUCUCCCCCUGGUGCCUUCAAUGCUCUGUUAGCUCUUCUGGGAUGUGAUGAGAACAACUCAAGCCCUUGAUCAAAAGUAACUUUGACAUAAAUCUACGACACCAAAUGUUCUCAAUGUUUACAUUUCUCUGUCAGAGGCAGGUUCUAGACUCCAUGAUGAAGAUGUGUAGUUUGAGUUUUCAAAGACCUUGGCUGCUUCUCCUUAGAGCCACUUAGCUUCAGCCUGUUUCUUCAGUUGCAGGAAUGGGUUUAUUUCUGUGGAUCUGCACCAGUUGGACCUUCCAGAUCAAAUGGUUUGUCCUGGAGAAGACGUUGACUGCUGACAUCUGUCUGAUUCUAAAAGAGAAAGACCCUGGAGAUAAGAUGCUCUGGUACCGGAUCAGAACAACAAGCAAACAAUGCAUCUAUGAUGCCCUAAUGGUAUGAUCAGUCCCAGAAAGGUACCACCCGGUUCCCAGAAGGUACUAUCGCUUACCAAGUUACUGACUGGUACUGACAAAAUAUUAUGUUGACCCAGCAAGAAAAAAUCAGUUGUUAUUCCAGCAAGAUACCUUCUGGUUCUAAUAAGGUUCCCCUGGAAGCUGUCAUGUUCCAGCAGUUCUCAGCCCGGUUCCAGUGAUCCAGCUUCGUUUAAACUGGGUACCAACUUGUAGUGUCAGGAGAUACGGAGUUAUUGUUUGAACCAGCAGAGAACUACCAUAGUUAGCAGGUCUACUAAUAGAGACCAGAAAGACCUUCUAACACCUUAAUUUGACUCCAUUAAUGUUUAUCAUCAAGUCAAAGGUCAAACGACCUUCAACCAAUAAAUUACACUGAAUCUGAACGUCCAGGAGUUAAAUACUGAAGCAGAUGAUAAAAGGUAAAUCCAGAAGAUCUGUCCAGUCCGACCGACCUCAUGGUUUGAUGUUUUUGUGUUAGUUUAGAGCUCUGUCACGUUACCUGCCUCCGGUCCUGAAUGGACCGGGUUCUGGCUUGUCCACAUACAGGUUAAAUGUGCAUGGUCUGUUUCUGUCGCUGUGAUUUGUAUCGUGUGUUUUCAUGUGGUUUGUCCGAGCUUUAAUGUAAGCGUGCGAGGUGGCACGUUUUCUAAAAUAAAACGCUGACAUUUUUUACACA